AGUCCCGGAGACAUGGGGUAGGCACGGCGGUCAAAGCUGGGAGCCUUCGCUCCUGGAGCUCAGCUACCUUCUCUAGCACCGGAGGCGGAUCUCACUGCCGGUGGAGAUUCCCGCGCCCACUCUAGCUCGCUAGGCCUUGACCUCAGCUGAUCUGCAUCUCCUCAGCCUAAAUGUUUUGACGCCGCCUAGGGGCAGCUCUCCUGAGAGGCAACUGCGCCGCGGGUUUCACCGCCCCCCUCGUCCCAACUACAACUUCCAGCGGCCCCAGCGGCACCUGCCUGUCUCCUUCGCGCCAAACCUCGGCCCUGGGCCUGCUGGGAAGUGUAGUUCCGAGGGUUCCCCAACGCGGGACCUUCUGGGAAACCCGGGCGUCAGCGGUCAGAGACCGUCGAGCUCUCGGCGUCUCCAAACUUUUGAGACUAGGCGGAGGCUGGAGGUUUUUCAGAAUGGGAACCGGGAAGGACUCCAGAGUUCAGGCCUCAGCUGCGGACUCCUCGAGGUCCCCGGUGCCCCGCAUUAACAAUAAGCUCUGGUCGCGUCCCUCCAGCCCUGCUCCUUCCCUCCAGUCAUGCUUCGUCCCUCCAAGUCUCAUCCUCCAAGUGAAGGGGGCGGGGGUCACCUGCCAGAAAAGUCUGGGGCGCCAAGGUCUGCCCCAGGACUCCAGGCUCCAUCCCAGGGUCCAGGCCCCGCCCCUCAGUAGCUUAUCCCUAGCCGGGGCUCCCCCCGUGGGAACGGGGACCAGCUGGCCGGAAGCGCCAAACUGCGUCCCUGUCGAGCCCCGGGGAUCAAUCAGGCCGAGGAGUUAAUUAUGUAAUGAGGGGGCAGGGGGUCGGGGCUAAUGAAGCCUGGGGGGGAGGGGAGGAGGGAGGGUACCCAGGUAGCCGGCCCCCUCUCGGACCCCUUCCAGGCCCCAGGGGUCUCCACCCCAGCCUAACUCCAGGGCCCCAAAGAGGGGAGGGGCUGUGAUCCUGGGUCUGGAAGGGGCUGAGCUGUGAGCUAUAAAGGGGGCAUCUCUCAGCACUGGGGCACUCUAGGCAGCGUGACCUGAGGCCAGACAGGACUACUCCAUGUACCAUCCACGAGAGUUGUACCCCUCCCUGGGGACCGGCUACCGCCUAGGGCCUCCCCAGCCCGGAGCAGAUUCCAGCUUCCCGCCUGCCCUGGCAGAGGGCUACCGCUACCCCGAUCUGGACACUCCCAAACUGGAUUGCUUCCUCUCCGGGAUUGAGGCUGCUCCCCGAACUCUGGCCGCUCCUCCACCUCUACCCCCGUUGCCCCCAACCCUGGGCACUGAGCCGCCCCCUCCAGCCCCAGAGGGCCUUCAUCCACUCCCUGGAGUCAGCCUGAGCCUGGAGAACCGGGAGUUGUGGAAAGAGUUCAACUCCGUGGGAACAGAGAUGAUCAUCACCAAAGCUGGGAGGCGCAUGUUCCCUGCUUGCCGAGUAUCAGUCACUGGCCUGGACCCCGAGGCCCGCUACCUGUUUCUUCUGGAUGUGGUGCCGGUGGAUGGGGCUCGCUACCGCUGGCAGGGCCGGCGCUGGGAGCCCAGCGGCAAGGCAGAGCCCCGCCUGCCUGACCGCGUUUACAUUCAUCCUGACUCCCCUGCCACCGGUGCCCACUGGAUGCGGCAGCCUGUGUCUUUCCAUCGUGUCAAGCUCACCAACAGCACACUGGACCCCCAUGGCCACCUGAUCUUGCACUCCAUGCAUAAGUAUCAGCCCCGCAUACACCUGGUGCGGGCCGCCCAGCUUUGCAGCCAACACUGGGGGGGCGUUGCCUCCUUCCGCUUCCCCGAGACCAUGUUCAUCUCCGUGACAGCCUACCAGAACCCACGGAUCACACAACUGAAGAUUGCAGCCAACCCCUUUGCCAAGGGCUUCCGGGAGAAUGGCAGAAACUGUAAGAGGGAGCGAGACGCCCGUGUGAAGAGGAAACUGCGGGGCCCAGAGCCAGUAGCCACAGCGACCUACGGGAGUGGAGAUGCACCAGGUGGUCCCUGUGAUUCCACACUGGGUGGGGACGUUCGUGAGUCAGAUCCAGAGCAGGCCCCAGCGCCCGGGGAAGCUGCCCCAGCCCCAGCUCCUCCCUGUGGUGGCUCCAGUGCUGAGGCCUACCUUCUGCACCCUGCAGCUUUCCAUGGGGCCCCUGGUCACCUUCCAACCAGGAACCCCAGCUUCCCCGAGGCUCCAGACUCUGGGCGCCCAGCCCCCUACUCAGCCGCCUUCCUGGAGCUGCAGCCCGGGCCAGCAGGCUCAGGAUACCCAGCAGCGGCACCCUCAGCGUCCUUUGCCUCGCACUUCCUCCAAGGGGGCCCCUUCCCUCUGCCCUACCCUGGGCCUGGGGCUUACCUGGAUGUGGGCUCCAAACCAAUGUACUGAGCCUUUGCUAAAGCCCCUCUGCCUCCCUCCUCGUCUUCCAUCACAAACCUCCAGUUCCCCUCCCCCAGGCCUGUUGCCCCCUCACUUCCACUGGCCCCAUCCCCCACACCAAAUGGCUGCCUCGGGCCUCCCCCACCCCACUUCACACUUUGAUUUCACUCCCACCCCCCUCUGGCUUCAAAGCUCUGGCUAAGCCGCUGGGAGUCCAGCUGGGGCCAGCUUCCCCUUCCCGGCUCUCACCUCAGUGUGAAUGGAGGGAGGCUCUGCCUGGCCAAAUGGGACCUGGGACCAGCACUCCCACCUCCCAGCCUCACCCUUGGGACCGGCAAGUUCUACCCCGUCGCCCCAGUGCAAGCCACGCCAGUCUCUUCUCAGGACGAGAGUAUUUUUUGUUAAUAAAACUCGGAAGACAGACAUCAUCAGUGUUCUGGAAACAUUGGGCUAAUGGUGUUCGGCCCCGAGUGGGGCUGUGUGAGCACAGGUUCUGUGAGGAGACCCCAGGCCCCAAUCUAGACUUGUCAUUUCCAGCUGCUUGACCUUGUGCGUGUAAAUCAACACUCUGGGCCUGUUUCCUCUUCAGAAAAAUGGGGGAAUCAGUGUCUUGACACUCAAUGUUCUGAGAAUUAAAUAGGGCUGCCUGAGAACCCGCCCCUCUACCUAGCCCUCAG